AUGCCAACUUAAUAAUAGCAAAUUAUAAUUAUCUCAGAUGAUGAAGAAUGUGUGGAAGUCCCAAAAAUUGAAAAAUCAAUUCCUACAUAAACUAUUAAUACAACUCAGUCCUAAAAAUAAAUAGCCAAAUUGCUGGACCUUGAUACACUAGAAGCUCAAGGAAAGUUAUACGAUUAUGAAAGUUCCCCAUCCCCUCAAUUACCUAAGAGAGUUAUCAAAAAACCACCUAAACCACUCUAUAGACCUUAGAAGAGAAAAGUAAUCAAGUCUCGUAAAGAACCGAUUAAACAUUCUUAUUAAAAGAUUAAACAUGUAUAAAUAGGAGCUGAAAGAUAAUAAUUACAAUAUGCUUAAUCAAAUGUAAAGGCAAAAUUCAUUAGAGUAUAUGAGAAACAAGAAGACAAAUGUAUGUAUCAUUUUAAAUUAUCAUAGUUUCUAAAUUGUUUGAUUAAUUAAAACUUAAUUUUUAAGAAGCUAAUGAUGAAGACAUAGCAAUCAUUCUUAAUAUGGUUGGUAAAGAUUAUCAAAAGGCUGAAACAUUUAUUAAUGAAAAUGGAUUGUUUAUUCAAACAUACCUUUAAAGUAAUUAAUAAUAUUUUAAUCUAGAUUAUAAGGAUUUAUCAGAAGAUGACUCUACUAUCAAAAAAUGA